AUGGCGGAUCAAGGUGGCGAGCACGAGUCAAAUGCUCGUAACUGCUCAUCACAUCUCCUGAUUAGCGAGAAUCGGAUCAGAGCUGAAACGAGUAGUAAUGAAAGAUGCGGACUUGAUGAAUAUGAGUCUCUAGCCACUACUACUACUACUACUACUACCACAACAACCACGACCACCUCCACAACUACCGAGUCAACGACCACUUCAACGACUGAGGGAACCACUACUACUGUUGAUCCUUGUCCAUGCACGACCGAUGUCAUCGCUGCAAUCAAGGCAAACGAGCCUCCUUUGUCCAAAUACAACAUGUACAAGACCAUCUACCAAGGUGAUACGAUGGACUACUUCCAGUUUGCCAGCGCCGCUGUUGCCCAAAAGAACACCUACCAGCAGUACUACGUCAUGUCUCAGCGCGCUUGCAGCGUCGAUGGUCUCCUCGGUUUCAGAGACGAGAACUUCAAGGCCUACUUCUUGGAUCUUCACAAUGCUGCCGAACAUGACUUGACGACUCCAAUGACCAACUACCACACAUUCGACAACGUCUACUACAGAAACAGAGACGAUGAACCAGGCCGACACAAUUCCGUCACCUUCGGCUUCUACGCUGCGAAGACAAAGCCAGACGUUACUGGAAACACCAAGCAAGACAAGAUCAUGGUUGCUCUUCAGAACACGAUGGACUACCAACUGCUCUUCGACUGCUUGGGAACCGCGAAGCCUGUGACAAUCGACACUGAGGCGCCAGGCGUCAUCCCGACUUGCGACUACACCAAGUGCGUCGGCGAAGAAGUCAAGGUCGGAUACUAA